UCCGUGUACGGUUUGUUCAACCAAACGCGCUUCAUUAAAUAAUUUUGUCUGAAUUCUUACUGAAAAUACUGAAGCCUCGACAUAGAACAUCUCUACUGUAAUGGAGUAAAACCUCAUUCAUGAAAUCUUCGUGUCCAGAUAAACUCGUCGAAAUGCACGUCGAAGCUUCUCGAUCUAGCCUAGCCUAGCUUAGCUUGUAGCCGCUAACAAAGAGACGCCUUUGUUAGCAACACAUCACCGAGCAGGGGUCAAGUGCGAGUGUAAGGUGUUGUGAUUAUCGUGUGAAAAUGUGUGCAACUAGUGUGAAAGGAGAGUACGUGGAGGAACUUUUUGAAACAAAAGAUGAGAGCGAGCGACGUCAACGACUGGACGAUGCUUCCAAGAAGCCUCAAAAUGACAGAGCAGACAUCAGUGAAGAACAUGUUCAUCCUGAGCAGCAGGAGUGGAACUUCGGGGUGGAGCAGCACAAGCCAAAUUCCCUCCAAAUCAAAGAAGAAGAACAGGAGGCUGACAUCCCAGAGUUUCCAUUUCGUGGUGCCAUUGUGAAGAGUGAAGAUGAUGACGAUCAAGAUGAGUGGUCAAUGCUUCAUCCCAGUCAAAAUGUCAGCGAAGAAGAUCCUUGUCCUGUGCAGCAGGAGAUUAAAGAGGAAGAGCAGGAGACUGAUAUCACAGAGUUUCCAUUGACUAGUGUCAUCGUGAAGAUUGAAGGUGAUGACGCAGAAGAAGGUGAUGGAGACCGCUGCGGAGGAUCACAAAAAGACGGGCUCUUAGCUCCACUAUCAGACUCUCCUGACACUGAUGAUGAACAGUCUCCAGGUGAUAUGGACACAUACUGGAAAUGCUCGCAGUGUGGGAAAACAUCUAGUUCAAAGUGGGGCUUGAAAAUACACAUGAGAACGCACACUGGAGAAAAACCGUUUGCCUGCUCAAUUUGUGGGAAAAGAUUCACUCAGAAGGGACAUUUACGAGCACACACACGAACACACACUGGGGAGAAACCUUUUCCCUGCACAAUCUGUGGUCUUGUAUUAAGUCAAAAGAUUAAUUUGACUAAUCACAUGAGAAUACACACUGGAGAGAAGCCAUUUGCCUGCUCAGUUUGUGGUAAAAGAUUCUCUGUAAAAGGACAUUUAAGAAUACAUACAAGAACACACACUGGAGAGAAACCUUUCUCCUGCUCCGUUUGUGGCCAGACAUUCUCCCUAAAGGGUCAUUUAAGAACACACACAAGGACACACACUGGAGAGAAGCCUUAUCCCUGCUCGGUAUGUGGAAAAAGAUUCUCUAUAAAGGGACAUUUAGUAGCACACAACAGAACGCAUACAGGGGAGAGACCUUUUUCCUGCUCAGUGUGUGGCCUUCGAUUAACUCAAAAGAUUAGUUUAACUAAUCACAUGACAAUACACACGGGAGAGAAACCUUAUGAGUGCUCAUUUUGCGGUAAAAAAUUCUCUAUAAAGGGACAGUUAAUAACACACACAAGAAUACACACUGGUGAGAAACCCUUUGUCUGCUCAGUCUGCACUGUAAGUUUCAGUGAUCGUUCCGGUUUGGUGAAACACAUGAGAACACACACUGGGGAGAAACAGUAUUCAUGCUCUUUUUGUGGUAAAAGUUUCUCUCAAAGAUGCACCUUGACAAUACACACAAGAACACACACUGGUGAAAAACCAUUUAGUUGCGAUGUGUGUGAUAAAAGAUUCUCCCGUAAGGAUCAGGUGAAGAAACACAAGUGCGCUGGCGAGAAGAGCAGUGGUCAAUGAAGUGUCAAUAAAUGUUGACUCUUUGUGAUAAGCUGUAAAAGUGUCUAAACAAGUCGACAAACAGCGAUAGUCUUCAAUAUCUAUUGUAGAGGCUGAAAUGCAGUUACGCUACGGUAACUUGUCAUUUUCUUUGGUUUACUAAUGAUACCUGCAAACAUCAUCAUUUGUAAUGAAACGUGUACGAUAUGUGACCUUAUUACAGAAUAUUAUUCAAUACCAUGAAGUCAGGAAAAUGUUGACGAUUGUCGUCUUGAUACGCUCUUAACGGCACUGCAUGUGAUGAUGUCACAUGCACACCACACUGCUGGAGCGAGGACCAACAGGUCAUUUGUGUACACAGUAGAGCUGCGCGAUAUGACGACAUAAGUCGCUGUGCAAUAUAAACCUCUGUCAUUUGUAUUUGUUCGUUUGGUGUGUAGAGUUUUGUGUGAGCUCUGUUGAUACACUAUCCGCGACGGUGACACACCGCAAAUUGCCUUUCCAAUACAUCAUCCUUGCGCUUCACUCUACAAACGCAACCAACUGUUCCAUGAGUGUAAUAGUUUGAAUUGAAUUUGUAUUUAUUGUCGAUCAAUGUAAUUGUUGAGCUCUAAAAAAAAAUAAAAAAAAAAUGGAAUGUGUUUUGUAAAUAAAUGAAGAUCAUAGAAAAUUGGCAAAGCACAGUAAGAAGGAAUAAAUGAAUAAAGACAAAUAAAAUGGUGGUGAUUUUGACUUGAGAGAAUUACUUACCAGAGCACGAAGGUUCUCACAACGGAGGAAGCUCGGAGAGAAUGAUCCGCUCACCAAUUUGCACCCUUGGCAUGCAGCAUUUGCAGGGUGGCGACGUCAUCGCGCACCCGGGACCAGCAGCCACAAAACAUCCGACCACACAACACAAAAAAAAAGUGAUGCUGCUGGUGUGAAUAAUUCUCCCUUUCUUAAUUGUAAAGAUUCAGCUAUAGGGAGGGAUAGUAUGCUAGAAAAUGUAUCCGUUAUUGCAUUUUAUAACAGGGUUGACAAAGAGAAUCAAAUGGCGUUUCAGCCAGUUAGUGACUUGAAGGCUAGCUAGAUUGGACAGAUGGGCUAGGUGCCACAAAAUUUUGAAUUAUCUAAAACUAGAGCCUUAAUACACAACCAAUGCUCAAAUAGUCUCAAAAACAAAAAUCUGUCUCAUGCACAUGACUCACUACUGUUAUGUUUUCUCUCUACGUGUGCUGCUGCACCAUUUGUGUUGCUUAAAGCACCCAACAUGGAUGCUAUUUAGCAUUAGUGUUAAGCUAGCGGACAGAAAGACGAAGCCAUGUGGUUGCUUUAAACACAAGCUGGAAUUGUCUUUGUUUUAUGUUUAGUUGACAAACUUCAACUGCGAGUGGCAUGAAACAGCUCUUUUAUUUAUUUUUUUAAUUUGCUCUAAUUCAAUCUGCCUAACCGCUGGUCAAGUGAGAUGAUUCACUUCCACCAGGGUGCGCUCGUGUCUCAAGUCUGCUCUUGCAAGUCUGUGACAUUUGCGGCAGGAAUUAGACCCAAAAGCUGACACUGACACCAAAGUAGCAAAUAAAUCUUCAAUUCAACAAAGUAUCAAAAUGACUGAGGAUCGGGCGUUGCAACGACUAAGAUCUAGCUGGGAAAAAGCCAGGGGGAAAAAAAAAAUCAAAAUUCCAAUAAGGUAAUGAACUGAAAUAAUUUUUCAUACAACAUAAUUGUGGCGAAGUUUAUCAGGAACAUACUGUAUAUUACUAUGAGUAGGGCCCAACCAACAUCGAGCUUUUUAAGCCGAUGCCCAUUCCGAUAUUUGGCAGAAAAAUUUGCAGAUAACCGGAUAAUCAGUAUUCUCAUUUUGUAUUUGUGUGUUUAACCUUUCAUCCUGUUCAAGUGCAUCGGCGAGUGAAAAAGGAUUUAUCCCUCCACACGCUUUAAACACAAUUAAAUAUACUUUUAAAACACAUCAUAAACAUAUAUAUAUAUAUAUAUAUAUAUAUAUAUAUAUAUAUAUAAUGCAUGCAUAAAAUCUAUAGAAAACAUACAUAAGUUAGCUUUGUGUACAUGCAGCCUUUAAGAG